UCUUCCAGUUGUAGGAGCUGCGAUUUACAAUUCAAACAUCAUUGCAAAUUACGGGAACAGUAAAUAAUUCUGUACUGUUUAAUGAUUACGUCCGUGUGUUUCAUGCAGAAAGUAUGAAAGGAUGUCUGUUUCUCUCGAUAUUCGUCUGAAGAAACCUAGCAAAAUUUACAGAGAAGGAGAAUCGGUCAGUGGCAUUGUAGUCAUAUCUUGUUCGACAGAGACCCGCCAUGAGGGUGUUAACCUAACUAUUGAUGGAAUUGUAAAUCUUGAAUUGAGUUCCAAAUGUAUUGGGCAGUACGAGUCUUUCUAUAAUUCUGUGAAGCCAAUCCAGCUGGUGCUGAAUACCUUUGCAAUUUGCAAGGGUUCCGGGAAAUUUCCUCAUGGAACCACAGAAAUCCCUUUCGUGUUUACCCUUCAGGGUAGUCAGACAAAAGUUCUUUAUGAAACCUAUCAUGGUGUAUUCAUCAAUAUACAAUACUUCAUUAAAGUGGAUAUGAAGCGUGGAUUAUUAGCCAAAGAUCUUGAGAAAUCCUGUGAAUUUAUUGUAGAGUCUUCAGCAAAGAUGGCGGAAAAGGCUACGGCAAAACCUAUUGACUUUGUUAUUGUUCCUGAAUCCGUUCACAAGCUGAAAAGCAAAUACAAUGUGCCGAAUUUCAAAAUAACUGGCAAAAUUGAUUCGCUAGUUUGCAGUAUCUCCAACCCGUUCACCGGAGAAAUCACUAUUGAAUCCUGUGAUGAAAAAAUAAAAUCAAUAGAGGUUCAGCUAGUCAGGGUAGAGACCUGCGGUUGUGCGGAUGGUUAUUCCAAAGAUGCCACUGAGAUCCAAAACAUUCAAAUCGGAGAUGGCGAUGUAGUACGAAAGAUACCCAUACCCAUUUAUAUGGUUUUUCCACGGCUUUUUACUUGCCCAACAUUAAGCACAGCAAAUUUCAAACUUGAAUUCGAAGUCAACAUCUCGGUUGUGUUUGAAGACAACCACCUGGUUUCUGAAAACUUUCCAAUAUACAUCACCCGGUUUUAGAGGAAGCGUCUCAACAUGGUAGACAGAGAAAAUGGGAACUAUGGUAAACUAAGCAUUCCUUUGUGAUCCGCCUUUUUAGAUUUCUUCUCAAAGAGUUCUUUUGAAUGAAGACUCAUAAAACAAUAUGCACAACUAAAUUCUGAUUGUUAUUUUGAAUGAUUGUUCUAUAAUCAGCGAUUGGGCUUUAAUGGUUAAAUCAUGAGUGAAAUAAAGAAAUAUUCGAUGCUGC